UCGUUCAAGGCAUACGGACUCGCGAUUUCGCCUCAUCGUUGAAAGAAAAAAAUCAUCACAAGACAAGUGCUUAUUGGAAGAGAAACUUUUAGCCACAAUCGGCCUGGAAAGCGGGAACUUCUGAUUGUUUUUGGAUUUAGUUACUUUUACCCAAUAUCGGUUAGUGGUUCGAUUUCGACGAAAGAGUUUUUAAAAAGGGAAGCGGUGCAUCAGUGCGUUUCUUAGGAUUUCACGAGCGGGAGAAAGUAACUCGUUAAACGUCACCACAAUGGACAGCAAAAACCAACCCUAUCCGAAUGCUCCCGGAUUUGUUCCGAUGGCCAACCAUCAGACGCAGCCUCAGCCAAUGGCAGGUGGCUAUCCACAUCCUGGUCAGCAGCCGCAGCAGUUCAGUUACGCCCAUCCGCCCCCACCGCCCCCGUACGAUGCCAAUGCCAAUAUGAUUCCACCCCAGCAGGGCGGCACCACCACCUAUGUACAAACUAUCGUCGCGGCCCCAAACGUCGGACCAGAUCCAGCUUCGAUCUCCUGCCCUUCUUGCAACAAACACAUUAUCACCCGACUGGACUAUGAAACCUCCACGAAAACGCACAUAAUGGCCGGUCUGCUGUGCCUGUUUAUCUGCUGGCCAUGCUUCUGGAUUCCGUAUGUUGUUGAUUCCUGCAAAAAUGCCAACCACUACUGCCCCAACUGUGGAGCCUAUAUUGGAACCUAUCGAGGCUAGAAAUGGGAAUUCUAGUUAGCCAUCAACCAACGCAUCGCAAAAGAUCCCUGGCCACUUCCGUUGAUUUCGUUCGUUUUUUGGAUGGAGGGGUUUCCUCCCUCUGUUACCAGAUCAUGCGUCGAGCAAUCAUAUCAAAUCGAGAACUACCUACCUACAUUACAUACACCUAUCUAAAAACUAAAUUAUAUUUUUAACCAACGAAAGAGAUACAGAACAUGGUUUUGAGAAGAAGAGAAGAGGAAGCAGUUCAUUUUUUAUACAAAAUGCUAGUCCCAUUUAUAUGUUAGAGAUACUUAUGAAAAUAUAUUCUGCUUGAAAUAAAAAUUGAA